UGUGGAAUAAGCCAAACUUCAACCCUGUGAGGCUAGAUGUCACGGGGGAUGGGUUUCGAGAGAGCAUUGAGCUUGGCUUUUCUCCUCUUCCUUUGACCGGUCACCGACCAGACCCGUGGGUAGAUUCGGGAGAAGAAAAAGCGUACCCUGACGUAAGGAUGAGGGUGGUGAUGAACAUUGCAUGUAUGUAUGAGCUAGUCGACGUGAUUCCCUCGUCUCGAGCAGCACUACCUAAAACUAUGUGUGGUGGCAUGGGGAGGGGGCGUUUGCGAGCGGGAACGGGUUUGUCGAUAAGCAACUCUGGGCGCAAAGUCUAUCGCGGGAUGGGAUGAUCAUCUUUCGCCCUACGAGCGUGUUCCAGUGACCAGUGUCUAUAUGUGCGUGAUCCUGCCGGCCGGUUUGCUUUUUUUUUUUUGUGCUUUUU